AUGGCCAAAGUCGAAGGUGCUCCUGCUCAUGGCGCUGUAGCCCACCUCCUACCACAAACAUACAAGCGAUUAGUCUCGGAAUGGCUGGAAGAGGACACACCAAGUUUCGAUUAUGGUGGUUUCGUAGUGGGCGAGGAGCUGUCGGAAGCGAAGCUGCUCGGAAAGAGUGAAGGCAUAGUAGCAGGCGUCCCGUUCUUCGAUGAAGUGUUCCGACAACUAGGUUGCACCGUGGAGUGGCACGUCGAAGAAGGCGCUUCAUUCCAACCCAUCACCCACUGCGCUACUGUGCGCGGCCCAGUCCGUCACCUCCUUCUCGGCGAGCGCGUGGCUCUCAACACCCUCGCCCGCUGCUCCGGCAUCGCGACCAAGUCAAAUCGCCUACUUACUCUUUUACGAGGAGCUGGUUACCCAAACAUUCUUGCUGGUACCAGGAAGACUACACCAGGUUUUCGACUUGUGGAGAAGUACGGCAUGCUGGUUGGGGGCGUGGACGCGCAUCGAGUUGAUCUUAGUGCAAUGACGAUGCUAAAAGACAAUCACAUCGUUGCCGCAGGAAGCAUCACCAAUGCAGUGAGAGCCGCCAAAGCAGCUGGCGGCUUUGCAAUCAAAGUCGAAGUUGAAUGCCAAUCGUUUGAUGAAGCAGACGAGGCGAUUGCCGCUGGUGCUGACAUCGUCAUGUUAGACAACUUCACCCCAGAAGGUGUCCAAGUUGCUGCUAAGGAUCUGAAGGAUAAGUGGGGACGGGGUACUGGAGACAGGAAGCAAUUCCUCGUUGAAGUGAGCGGUGGGCUUACAGAGUACAACGUGGAGAAGUACGUCUGCGGCGAUAUUGAUAUCGUGAGCACGAGUAGCAUACACCAAGGGGUACCACACGUGGACUUCAGUCUGAAAAUUGUACCGAAGAGUAAAAAGGAUGGAGGAGAGAGUUUAGCGGUAUAA